AUGGCACAGCUCUCUACCCCUCCUGCUUCCCGACAGAGCUCCGAGCUCCCAGAUGCCGAGCUUAAACAGCUCCAAAUAGACGACCCCACGCCGGAUCUCUUAGAAUCUCUCGACGCGCUUCUUGAAAAGUACCUCCACCUUCUCGAUAAGCACCAGAGGCUGCAAAAUGAUCUUGCCUCAAAGCUGUCCUCGGGAUUUCUUUCUCUUGCGCAUGCGAAUUAUACAUGCCAACCGGGCCGACGGUAUGGCGCCGACUACUAUGAUGAACGGAUGAAGGCUUCAAGAAGAGUGAUAUUACAACACCCCUUGUCUUCAAACAGAAAAGACUCUAAAGCUGAGGUGGAGGGACAGCCACAGACAGACGCGCCGGUUGAACGAAUCUUUGCGAUUGAGUUUACCUCACGCGGUGGCGAGGAUGAGCAGACUGACAAAUAUGAGUCGUCAGAGUCGAAUGGGAAGGCCCCAGAGCAGGAGCUUGAGCAGGACAGGAAAAGUAACAACCCCGUGGAAACUACUACAACUCCUCAACCUUUGUCAGAUUCCUCCGACGCAGAGCCCGAGGCAGAUGCAAAGUCCGAGCCUAGAAGACGAGCGAAACGUUCCUGCGAUCCGAUAAGAUGGUAUGGGAUACUAGUUCCGCCUUCUCUUCGCAGUGCUCAGAAGUCUUUCACUGAAGCAGUCGAAGGCAGUUUGCCUGAGCUAGCAGGUAUUGUGGUUGAGAUGCGGGCUGCAGAGAAGGAGAUUUCUAGGUUGCGGGAAGAUUUGGGACGGGAGUGA